AUGGGGAACAUGCUGCCGAAGCCGAUUUUAAGCAAGAUUGCCGAUAGAGUGGGCAAUUACCGCCUCGGCGCCGCCUGCGUGUCGGUGAACGGCUAUCGCCCAAGCAUGGAGGACGCACACGUGAUGGCGCUAGACGGCGACGUGAGCCUCUUUGGUGUGUUUGAUGGACACAACGGCUGCGGGUGCAGCGAGUACAUCGCACGGAAUAUCCCUGAAAAGGUGAAGGCGCUGAACGGCAAGUACGACCCGGCGGACCUGGAGCGACUCUGCGUGGCGCUGGACAGCGACUUCAUGCGGGACGUCGGCGACGCCAGCGGCGCCACCGGCACCUUUUGCCUCGUCCUGCAGGACUACACCACGAUUGUCUGCAACGUCGGGGACUCGCGGACGCUGCUGACGCGGGCUGGCAAGAUGCUGUUCGUCACCGAGGACCACAAGCCGACCAAUCCGGGUGAGCGUGACCGCAUCGAGGCCUGCGCGGGGUGCGUAAUUAGCAACCGCGUUGACGGUGACCUCGCCGUCUCGCGCUCCUUUGGCGACAGCUCCUUCAAACGCAACGAGGAUGGGGACUACAAGGAGCAAAAGGUGAUUGCCGUGCCGGACGUCACGAAGUUUGCCUGCCAGGCGGGCGACGUCAUUAUUCUCGCCUGCGACGGCGUCUUCGAGGGCUCCUUCUCAAACGAGGAGGUGGUGAAGUUUGUUUACGAGCAGCUGCCGAGAAGCGCGGACCUGGCGGUCGCCGCGGCGCGCGUGUGCGACGAGGCCAUCCGGCGUGGCAGCAAAGACAACAUUUCCUGCAUGAUUGUGCGGCUCUCCGACGGCAUGUCGCCCGCGCGGGCGUACGGGGCGCACUCGUUCGUGCCGGGGCCGCCCUACACCCGCACCCAUGAGGCCUCGCGAGGGGCGUACACGGCGAUGGCGCAGCGGGUGGGGUUAACCGUCGCGGAGGCCCUGAUGAGGCGGUACGCGUUGCUGAAGGCGUACGAGAGUAAGACACUUCCGUCGAUGGCGCCAUUAGAGCAGACGGCGUUUGAGAUGAGUGACGAGGCGGACAUUGAGACGGAGAAGAACUUCUUCGGCAGAGGGCCCGCCCCCGGCAAUGAGGCGGCUUUCUUCAACUCCCUGGCGGAACAGGGGGAGCGGUAG